UACCCGGUUGUAGCGAGAUUCUGUUCGUGUUUAAACAUCCACAAUUGUGUUUAGUUCUAACCAGUUAAUUAUAAAUAAAUAACCCUCUGCCCCGAUUUCUGUGCUAUGUUCAGAAGAAUCAGCUCUCCCCUUCGCGGCGUAAACGAAAAUUAUUCCUGGGCAAAAAUAAUAUCAAUUUCACACUGUAAAUCAAAAUUAAAAUUAACUAUUUACUUCUUCUUUUUAUUCUUGACAGAUUCAAUUGAUUCAUAAAUCUAUCGUUCUCGUUAACAUUCACUUCUAUGAUUGGUAAGACAACUAAGGAAGAAGCCAGAUUAAAGGUUAAAAGAGUUAGAACUUGGGGUCCUUAUCUUGGUGAACGUCAAUGGGCUACUGUUCGUGAAGAUUAUAGUCCUGAUGGAGAUGCGUGGUCCGACUUUCCCUUUGAACAUUCAAGAUCAAGAACUUAUCGUUGGGGUGAAGAUGGUUUAGCAGGAGUAUCAGAUCGUCGUCAAUUGAUUUGUUUAUCAAUGGCCCUUUGGAAUGGUAAUGAUGAUAUCUUGAAAGAAAAAUUAUUUGGGGUCACUAAUUCUCAAGGUAAUCAUGGUGAAGAUGUUAAAGAAUUAUAUUGGUAUCUUGAUAAUACUCCAUCUCAUUCUUAUAUGAAAUAUUUAUAUAAAUAUCCUCAAGGUAAGUUUCCUUAUAAAGAAUUGGUUGAUGUAAAUAGUAAACGUUCAAGAUUAGAAGAUGAAUAUGAAAUUUAUGAAACUGGUUUAUUUGAUGAUAAUAAAUAUUUCGAUGUCGUAUUUGAAAUGGCUAAAGGAGAUGAAGAAAUGGAAGAAUUGAAUUUUAGAAUUACGGCUUAUAAUAGAGGUGAAGAAGUUGCUCCUUUACAUAUUUUACCUCAUUUAUUAUUAAGAAAUACUUGGGCUUGGGGUACAGAGGAAUCAGAACAAGUAAAACCAAAAUUAACUAAAGUUGAUGAUUAUACUAUUGAAAUUGAACAUGAAAAAUUUGGUAAACGUUAUCUUACAUUUGCUCCUGCUCCUGGGAUUGAUGAUGAUUCACCUGAUGUAGAACCAAUCUUAUUAUUUACUGAAAAUGAAACUAAUACUGAAAGAUUAUAUGGUCAACCAAAUAAGCAUAAACAUGUCAAAGAUGCUUUCCAUGAUUAUGUGGUUGAUGGUGAUAAAACAGCCGUUAAUCCAGAAGGAACAGGUACAAAAGCUUGUGCUGAAUUUAUUUUUGAUCAACAAGGUGGAGUUCCACCUGGUGAUUAUGUUACUAUCAGAUAUAGAUUAAGUAAAACAAGAGAUGAGAUUGAUGAACGUGAAUUGGAUGAAAUUUUCGUUAGAAGACAAGAUGAAGCUGAUGCAUUUUAUUGGAAAGUAUCUCCAAUUCCAAUGUCUGAUGAAUUAAGACAAGUUCAAAGACAAGCUUUUGCUGGUUUAUUAUGGACUAAACAAUUUUAUCAUUUUGUUCAUAAUUAUUGGUCAAGAGGUGAUCCAAAUACACCAAAACCUCCGAUUAAUCGUGCUAAUGGUAGAAAUAAAGAUUGGCAGCAUAUGUAUAUUGAUGAUGUCUUAUCUUUACCUGAUAAAUGGGAAUAUCCAUUUUUCGCUGCUUGGGAUACUGCUUUCCAUUGUAUACCAUUUGCUAUGAUUGAUCCUGAAUUUGCUAAAAAUCAAAUUGAUCUAUUAACUAGAGAAUGGUAUAUGCAUCCAAAUGGUCAAAUUCCUGCUUAUGAAUGGAAUUUCGGUGAUGUGAAUCCUCCAGUUCAUGCAUGGUCAGCUUAUAGAAUCUUUAAAAUUGAAAGAAAAAUGUAUGGAGUUGAAGAUAUUGAUUUCUUAGAACGUGUGUUCCAUAAAUUAACUUUAAAUUUUGCUUGGUGGGUUAAUAGAAAAGAUGCUGAUGGUAAUAAUGUUUUCUCGGGUGGGUUCCUUGGUUUAGAUAAUAUUGGUGUUUUUAAUAGAUCAGAAAGUUUACCAACUGGAGGUAAUUUAGAACAAGCUGAUUCAACAGGUUGGAUGGCAUUUUUUUCAUUACAAAUGUUAAAUAUUGCUUUGGAAUUAUCAAAGACAAGACCAGUUUAUCAAAAUAUUGCAUCUAAAUUCUUUGAACAUUUUAUUUUAAUUGCUGAUGCUAUGUCUCAUAAAGAUCCUGAUUCAGAUCAACCUCAAGCUACGUUAUGGGAUGAAAAAGAUAAAUUUUAUUAUGAUGCUAUUAGAUAUGGUGAUCAUAAUACUCAAUCUUUACCAGUUAGAUCAUUAGUGGGUUUAAUUCCUUUAUAUGCUUCUUUAACUUUAGAACCUGAAGCUUUAGAAAAAUUCCCUGCUUUUAAAAAGAGAUUGGAUUGGUUUAUUAAUCUGAGAAAAUCAGUAGCAGAAAGAAACAUUGCAUCUAUGGAAACUAGAGGGGUUGGUGAACGUUUAUUAUUAGCAUUGGUUGAUAAAGAUAGAUUAUUAGCUAUUCUUGAUAGAAUGCUUAAUGAAGAUGAAUUUUUAUCACCAUAUGGUAUUAGAUCCUUAUCAAAAUAUCAUAAGGAUCAUCCUUUUGAAAUGGAUGUUAAUGGUGAGAAAUUUGUGGUUGAAUAUUUACCAGGUGAAUCUGAUUCAGGUAUGUUUGGAGGUAAUUCAAAUUGGAGAGGUCCAAUUUGGUUCCCAACUAAUUUCUUGUUAGUGGAAGCUUUACAACGAUUUUAUUUAUAUUAUGGACCUGAUGUUAAAGUUGAAUGUCCUAAAGGUUCAGGAGAUUUCUUAAAUUUAGCUCAAUGUGCUCAAGAAAUUCAACACCGUUUAAUGCAUUUAUUCAUUCCUGAUGAUGAAGGUAAUAGAGCUUGUAAUGGUGAUAAUGAUUUAUUAAAUAAAGAUCCAUUAUUUAAAGAUUAUGUUCCAUUUUAUGAAUAUUUCGAUGCUGAUACUGGUAGAGGUUUAGGUGCAUCUCAUCAAUGUGGUUGGACUGCUGUGGUUGCUAAAUGGAUUCAUGAUAAUGGUCUUUCAUGUAGAAUUCCUAAAACUCCAAAAUCACCUCGUUCACCAUUUGCAGGUCGUUCAUCAGUUCUAUUACAUGAUACUCAAGAUGUUCGUAGUAUUGGCGAUGAUGAUGAUGUUUCGAGAUACUUACCUAAAGCGGGACCAUUCCCGGGGGCAUUAUUUAGAAAGAGAUCGGGUAAAUCUCUUUUAAAUCUUACGGUUGGAUCCCUUGAUAUUAGUGAAGAUGAUCAAGGUAAUCAUAAUAGAUUAAGAGAUAAACUGACGACAAAUUUCGCCUUAAAUGUUAAAGAUGAAUUAGAUAUUAUAACUCCAGUUGCAUCUAGAGCAUCUACUGAAUCUAAAGAUGAUGGAUUUAUUAUAAGUCAAAUUAGAAGUGCAUUUAAAAGUCAUGCUAAUGAAGAAGAAGAUGUAUCUGGUGAUGAAUUUGAAACUAGAUAUAAACAGUAAUAAAAUAAAAAAAAGUCUUUUUCAUUCUUUUUUCUAUAUAUUUUAUUUUUUGUAUUUUAUUAUGCCAUAAUUUUAUAUUUUUUACUUCUUUACAAUCAAUUUCAUUACUUCAAAAUAAAAAAUUAAGUCUAUUUU